UACCUGUUAGCCGGGCUUGGCAACUGGAGAAUUCUUCCUUCCCCCGGGUAAAGUCCCAGGCUGAGAAAUUGGUUCCGAACCCAACGGAACCUGGCGCCGGGCGACGCCGGGUCACGUGGCUGGCGGCCUCAUGACGUGCGGGCUGCGAGGCGUCACCGCGACGUUCGGGCAACCUACCGAGCGGCCCUACCUCCACCACCUGUGCGGUGGCGGUGUCGUCAUGGACCUGGGACCGAUGCGCAAGAGUUACCGCGGGGACCGAGAGGCAUUUGAGGAGACUCAGCUGACCUCCCUGGACCCCGUGAAGCAGUUUGCUGCCUGGUUUGAGGAGGCUGUUGAGUGUCCUGACAUAGGGGAAGCCAAUGCCAUGUGCCUGGCUACCUGUACCAGAGACGGAAAACCCUCUGCCCGCAUGGUGCUGCUGAAGGGCUUUGGCAAGGAUGGCUUCCGUUUCUUCACUAACUUCGAGAGUCGAAAGGGAAAAGAGCUGGACUCCAAUCCCUUUGCUUCUCUUGUCUUCUAUUGGGAGCCUCUCAACCGUCAGGUGCGUGUGGAAGGCUCUGUGAAGAAGCUGCCUGAGGAGGAGGCUGAGUGCUACUUCCACUCCCGCCCCAAGAGCAGCCAGAUCGGGGCCGUGGUCAGUCACCAGAGUUCUGUGAUCCCUGAUCGGGAGUAUCUGAGAAAGAAAAACGAGGAACUGGAACAGCUCUACCAAGAGCAAGAGGUGCCAAAGCCAAAAUACUGGGGUGGCUACAUCCUGUACCCACAAGUGAUGGAGUUCUGGCAAGGCCAAACCAACCGCCUGCAUGACCGGAUCAUCUUUCGGCGGGGCCUGCCAACAGGAGACUGCCCUUUGGGGCCCAUGACCCACCUUGGGGAGGAAGACUGGCUCUACGAGAGACUUGCACCCUGACUUCCAAUCUGUUCGUGCCAACCAGAGCUGAGGCCGAGUGCUAAGAGAGGGUGUGGGGUCUGGAGCCAGACCCUUCUAAACUCAACCCAUUUCCCUCCCUACCCCUUAUAUUUAAGGCUCUCCAGAGUUCAAGCUCCAAAUUCUGUAUUUUCAGUUGGCUUUCAAGUAGGUGGUCUAGUAGAGUAGAUAGACAUUUACAAAUGGGAAAAAAAGAAAUCCCACAAUUAUGUUCUUGACCUUGAAUGUGAUUUAUUGGGAGAGCUCCCUCAAGAGGUAAUAGCUGGUGUGAUUCCCUUUUUCUGGUGACCCUGAGAGGGCCCCCAGCUGCCCUGUUACCAGUGUGACUGAGUCAUACUGCCCAAAGCUGAUUCAUUCCAGCGUAAGCACCUGAGCCAGUCUAGCCAAUCGUUUUUUUCUUGUCAACAAUUUGAAAUUUGAAAUGAAGAGAUCCAGAGUCUGAGAGGCAUUGUAGCCAAGUCGUUAAUGGCAGCCAAGAAGAUACAGCCUCUAGCUGCUGCUCUUGAAAUUCCCUGAGUGACCUUGGAUCCCUUCUCCCACCUCUGGGUUGUGCAAUUCCUCCUCCCACCUCAAAACACCCACUAUCCUGUGGGGGGUGGGGGUGGGGGGAGGAGGAAAGGAAGAGGAAGGGAAGAGGAAGGGAAGGAAGGGAAGAAGGAAGUUAGGAAGGAAGUUGUUUGGCGCUUAAACUACCUAGAAUCAAUUUCUGUUGCUUGCAACUAAAGGAGACUUAACUUAUUUACUUGUGUACCCUACUGAUAACUGCCUCCCAUUAUCUGAAGCACCAUGAUGUGGAAAAGAGAUUAAAUUUAUUCUCUGGAGCUCCAAAGGAACCAUAA